UCUUUGCUCUGUAGUCUGUACUCUGUGGUUUGGAUGGUUUCGUAAUCGCCAAAAUAGUGUAAAGAGAAAAUACAAAAAGUUGUAAAAUUUAAGCUUUUCUAAGUUUAACGUAGUUUUUUUAGAAAAGCUAUUGUUAACAAGUAUUUACAAAUAAUGGCUGCCCUAAUGAAACUUCGCAACAUGUCUAUAAUUCAAAGAACUGUUUGGAACCACCUAUCCAAGACGAAACGCUGCAUUUCGACUUCGAAGAAGAACAGCGACACAGCAACACAUAGUACAACAACUAGCGAAUGUCCACCAGAAGAUAAAAAUUGGGUCAGCUAUGGAUUUGAUUACGAGAGCAAGGAAGAAGAUACUAGCGCACAUCACGCGUCGUUCUUUUUUACAGUCAGUUUGUGUCUAGUAUUUGGUAGUUUUGCUUGGGCCUACGCUCCGGAUGUCCAUAUGAGAGACUGGGCUCAAAGAGAGGCUUAUUUAGAACUGCACCGUCGAGAAAAAGCUGGUCUCAAACCGAUUGAUCCUAACUAUAUUAAUCCUCAGUCUAUGAAACUGCCAUCUGAUGAGGAACUGUGUGAUGUUGAAAUUAUCAUUUAAUUACAAAACAAUUAAUUAUGCUGUUGAGUAGAUAAACAUUUACAAUGUUUUAGUAAAUCAUGUUAAAUGACA